UUAGUUUGGUAACGGAUUGCGGAAUCUAUACAUUUACUCUUUGGUAUCAAGAAGAUGUCAUUCACUUGCAAAUUAUUCCUAAUAUCACAGUGACGACAGAAGAUGGUCGCGACAAUUGGAGUGCAACUCCAGCUUAGUGGAGGGAUACAAGACUGACCGGUUAUGGACUAAAGAUGUGUUAAUAAUGUUGAAAUCGAUUUCAAAAUGAAGGAAUCAAAAAUAGUCUCUAUAAUCAUUUUCUUCACGUUCGUCACCAGGAUUGUAAGUUCACUUCAAACAUGCCCAGAAAAGACAAAAUGGAAUGUGUCGGAAUGCACCUGUGAUCUAAGCCGCGGAUAUUAUGGUGAAGAUCCGAACAACUGUGACCAGAAAAACUGCAGUAAUGGUUUCAUACUGACAAGGAAUGGUUCUUGUAAACCAUGUACUGCUGACGAUGAUGUGGAAAGUUGUUACAAAAACAAAAGUCAGACGAGUAAUAGUACUUUGACAACUCCAUUUAUUGUAGUGUCUAUUUUACUGGCAACUUUAGUAAUUAUAUGUAUAAUAGUGCUCAUAGUAUUUAUUUCAAAAAGGGGACGGAAGAAACGAAAACGAACUUCUGCUUCAAGAUCAAGUCCUUUACUGUCACGCAGACGAAAUCACCAGGAAAGCAGCUCUGAACGGAAUAGUUCCGUAUAUAGUUAUGCCGACACCUCAGUCAUAGGUUUAUCAUACAGGGAUGUAUCGAAUAGUUUCAAUCUAAUUAACAGAGUCAAUCUACCGGAAAUGGAUGAAACUAAAGUAAAAAGGACAAGAGACAAACUCCGAAAUGCUAUUCCACUGCCACCAAGGUUUCAACAAAGUCAUAGUCAGGAAUACAGUUUCAGCAGUCCGGAUGUAACAAGCAAUGAAAUUACUUCUUCUGGUGACCGACGAUCAAACAGUAACCCCUUUGUAGCUAACCAGCAUGUAAACCAAAGCUUAACAUCUUGGCCAACUAAGCAUUCGAGUUCAAAUUCUGAUGAGAGUAGUUAUAACUUAGAAAGGAGAGAGACUAAUUAUAUAUCAACAAAUGCCGAUCAAUACGCACACAUUAUCACACAGACAGGAAGUUUGUUAACAAUUAAUUCUAUUGAUCGAUGUUCAACUAACAACAAUAUACUAAGCUGGAAUGGUGAAGAUGUAGAUGAAAACCAAGAUAUAGCAAACGAAAAUAUGGAAUAUCAUGGUCAAAUGACCUUACCAUUGUUUCUGCCAACGUUCCAGUCAAAUUCGAUAGAAAACAUGUCCACAGACACAACAUAUGUGACAACUGAUUUGGAUGAUGUUAGUGAAGAAACAAAGCUGUUGAAGCCAUUUCUAGAUGACCUUUCUUCAAAUCAAAUUCAAGAAGAUAUCGAACAAAAUGUAACUGCAGCAAACAAUGAUGACCAUCGGAAUGUUGAUGAUUAUGAAGCUGUUCAAAUUCAGCAGGAACCAAGGACUAGUUUUUCAAAUAAUGCAGUAACGAUUCUGGGAAUGUUGCAGACGUUGAUUUUAAAAAAGGAUAGUAAACUUCAGAGAAAAACGGAAGAGACAGAAUCGUUAAAAGAAGAAGUAAGAAGGUUACGUGAGGGAAUUGAACAAAAGGACAAAGAGUUGCAAGAUAUUCAUAAGUAUCUAAGCGGUAUUAUGGAUAACUUUCCACAUGACAGAAAUUCUAUGGAAGAAAUUUGUCAUGACUUACAGACAAGUAAUGCAAUCAAUCUACAGACUGAAGAUGUGAAACAGGAUCAAUCUGACAUAGAUAUAUACUACAGCAGGCAAUCAGUUUAAUACUUCUAUGAUGUAUCUAUGUUCUAGUCAUUCUUGGAGUAAACAAUGCAGUUAUUUCGUGUAAAUGGGCUAGUGCCCAUCGUGAUAAGAAAUGCAUAAUAUAUUCACAUGCAGAUGACUGUUAUUGUUGAUUUAUAAAACGCUCUGUAUGUGGUUUUUCAUGAAUUGUAUAUAAUCCUAUUCCUUUGGGUUUUUAACAUAGAUACUACUGAAUUUUAUGAUUAGUUGUGAUGAUGUCUUGUCUCGAUUAACAUCCAGCAAAAAGAGGAAACAGGAGAUUUUGUAUACUAUUUGUUUUGACUGCGUUUUUAGUCAACAAUUUGCUAUUAUUGAUGCCUGCAAAAUGAUAACUCUUAUGUACAAAUGUUCCUCUUGCCUAAUUCGAAGUGUAUCUUGUUACCUUAUCUGUGAAAUAUUGUAAGCUCAUAUGUGUUAGCUGACUGAUAGUGGACAAAUUAAGAAAAGCUGUUACAAUCUGGAAACGUUACAGUUUUGUACGUUAUGAUUGGACCGGUCAUUUAAAAGGAUAAAACAUUUCUUUUAGAAAACAUAGGUUUACAGACAAUAGUCUGUGUUUUAUAAAAACCUUUCUGAGCAAACAAAAUCUAGAUAAAAUUGCCUUAAAUAACAUACAAUGAAUAAAAACAAUUAAAACUCUAGAAAUGCAUGUUUUUUCAAUAAGUUAAAUAUGAUGGCUACUUGUGUACAAAUACGUGGUAAUUUUUGUUAACAGAAUAAAAACAAAUAUUUGUUUAUCCUAUAUGGUCAUGAAGAAGCUUCUGCAAAGGUUUCCUGGAAUUUAACGAUAGUUUUGGAAAAGGUUAUGGAUGUUUAAAAAAACUUUAACCCUAGACUGUAUCUAAAUGUGAUCUUCAAAACCACUUAGAAAUACUAAGGAUUUUCUACCCCAGGAAUAUGUUAUCUUAGCUGUAUUUGGCAAAACCUUUCGGUAUUUUGAGUCCUCAAUACUCUUCAACUUCGUACUUCAUUGGCCCCUUUUAACUUUUUUGAUUCGAGCGUCACUGAUGAGUCUGUUGUAGACAAAACGCGCAGCUGGCAUACAAAAUUUUAAUCCUAGUAUCUUUGAUGAGUUUAUUUAAUCCAUUUAUCAUUAAAAUCCGGAAAGCAGAAAAUAAAGCAUUUUCUUCAGACGCUGUUUCUUGGUCAUGACUAAGCUUCAAUCUGUUAAAGCUUUGAAAGUUGACCUUAGAUGGAUUUGGCUAUUUUUUAGGCCCUUUUUGGUUAUUUAGCUCUUCAACUGUUCUUAUACAUCCUUGGCUUUCAAAUAUUCGGCUUUGAGAGUUCCUAAUGAAGGCAACUCCAGAAAAGCGCUUUGGACGCAUGAAAUUUAUAACGUGUUGUUUUAAUUUUUUUUCAAAAUUGCAUGGUUUGCAAAAAAACUUUUAGUCAAUCUAUAGACAAAAUAUGAGAACAUGAAAAAAUACAUUUUAAAAAGUUUGCUCCAAAUGUUACCUCUUAAUCUGUAAACAAAGUUCAACAAAGUUCUAUGAAAGUUUGACAUGUCUGAAAAAAAUUUAACUCUAGACUUGUUACCUAAAUGUUAACUAUAUUUUAUCUUUUUAAAUAGUAGGUCAACUAUAACUAUAUUGAGUUUACAAAAUGAUUGUAGGACGUACAUGUCUUUGUCAGGUAUCAUUUAACCUUGCUCUGGUUUCAUGUUUCAAUAGCCAACAUUCCGUGUUCAUGAUUAUGUCAAUGUUGCUGACACUUUUAGUGUUUAAUAUAUAGAAGGAUAAUAAGGUGUACAUGCCAGUUUGACAGGAUUUAUCUGACCUUGGUCAAAUUGUCACAGUUCGUUAUUCAUGUGGAAGUUUUUUGUGGUUUAAUCUGUUUCUCAUCUACUAUAGUAUGCCUCAACUAUAUUUGAUGAAUAAAAUGAUUGUAAGUUGUAGAUCUACCGAACAGUCUAUAAUUCAGAAAAAAAUAAGUAGUCGCUUGUGAUUCAUAUUUUGUCAUGUCUAGGUCUUUUAUAACUGACUAUAGGGUAUUUGUUUUGCUCAUUGUUGAAGGCUUGACAUAUUUAAUCAAAUCCGCUUAAUUUAGACUUAGUUAGCUAGUUGCUUCAUUGGCAAUCAUACCACAGAUCCUUCUUUUAGAUUGUGCAAUGCCAUAAUAUAAGUACGGGGACUGGAUGUAGGACCAAAAGUGUUCAUAACUGAGUAAACCCAUAUAUAUUUUGUGUUGGUUUAAUCUAUUAAAAAGAAAAUCAAUGUUA